CGAGUAUUUCUCACUCCGUGAAACUGACCCUCCACCCGCCAUCAAUCAUUCUCUUGGAUUUAAGAGGAGAAUUUCAUUCCAUGCACCCAUUUGUGUCUUGCUGACCACCCGCAAAGGUUUUAUCUACUCCCCCUUCCUCUUUUAUCUUCUCAGGUUACUAGCUUCCAUGUUUUAUUGACCAUUUGUGCUUAAUUAUUUUGAUAUGUUUCUUUUAAUCUAUUGUUUCUGAUUCAGCUCAUCACAUCUGCCGGCUGGCCGAACUGGGCAAACUGAUUUUAGUACUCCUUAUAUGGAUUAGAAUUUGAUUGUGUAAACUAACUGAAUGAUGCAAAUAGUCAGGAAACUGUAUCUAUGGAACGAUCAGGAGUUACUAGGGGGGGGGGGGGGGGGGUUAGGGGCAAAAAUAGCAAUUCAAGAACAUGACAAGGGAUUUGUGUGCUUCUAUCGAUUCCAUUUCAUUUGGAUGAUACUAUUCUUGACUCCUCAAUUCUGUGAGUAACAAGGGAUGUUUAUGUGCUCAGGUGAUAUCAAUUCCAGAACAUGGAGACUAUAACAAAUGUUAAUGAAUAUGAAGUCAUUGCGAAGGAGAAAUUGCCAAAAAUGGUUUAUGAUUAUUAUGCCUCUGGUGCAGAAGACCAAUGGACUCUCAAAGAGAACCAAAAUGCAUUUUCUAGGAUUCUAUUCCGACCACGGAUUCUUGUGGAUGUGAGUAAAAUUGAUACCACCGCAACUGUAUUGGGAUUCAAGAUUUCUAUGCCCAUCAUGGUUGCUCCCACUGCUAUGCAAAAAAUGGCUCAUCCUGAAGGAGAAUAUGCUACUGCCAGAGCAGCUUCAGCUGCAGGAACAAUAAUGACGCUUUCUUCAUGGGCUACUUCCAGUGUCGAAGAGGUUGCUUCCACAGGACCUGGAAUUAGAUUUUUCCAGCUCUAUGUGUACAAAGACAGGAAUAUCGUUACACAAUUAGUUAAAAGAGCUGAAAGGGCCGGUUUCAAGGCAAUCGUCCUCACAGUAGAUACACCGAUUCUUGGGCGAAGGGAAGCUGAUAUUAAGAAUAGGUUUGUUUUGCCUCCUCAUUUGACACUCAAGAAUUUUGUGGGAUUGGACCUAGGGAAAAUGGAUAAGACGAAUGACUCUGGACUUGCAUCCUACGUUGCAAGUCAAGUUGACCGGUCACUUAGCUGGAAGGAUGUGAAAUGGCUGCAGACAAUAACUACACUGCCAAUUCUGGUGAAGGGUGUAUUAACCGCAGAGGAUGCAAAGUUAGCUGUGCAAAAUGGGGCAGCUGGGAUUAUUGUAUCGAACCAUGGUGCUAGGCAACUCGAUUACUCCCCUGCUACUAUUAUGGCCUUGGAAGAGGUUGUCAAAGCUGCACAAGGCAGAGUUCCUGUUUUCCUUGAUGGAGGAGUUCGGCGUGGAACUGAUGUCUUCAAAGCACUGGCUCUUGGAGCAUCCGGCAUAUUUAUAGGAAGGCCUGUUGUGUUUUCCUUGGCUGUCAAUGGGGAGGCAGGUGUAAGAAAAGUUCUGCAGAUGCUCCAUGACGAGUUUGAGCUGACAAUGGCUUUGAGCGGCUGUCGAACCAUCGAUGAAAUCACCCGUAACCACAUCGUAACUCCAUGGGAUGCUCCACGUGUUGCUCCCAGGCUGUAACACCAUUCCUACAACUAUAUAUAUGGUCAAAGGUUCUUUUGAAGCUUACAUCUCGGUAAAAUAAGACAUCCUGAAUAACUUGCACAGUGUCUAGCAAAGCAAGCUCGAUGUUUAUGUUGAUAAAUAAGGGGAGGAAAUACAUGGAUUUAUUUCCUUGUCCUCCCAUGAUGUUAAAUUGUUAACUUUGAUAAGUGAUUUGUAAAUAGUAUUGUAAACCUAGUUUGUGUAAGUGACAUUCAUCUUCAACGGCAAUACGGCAUGUGUCGUACGAAGGAUUAAAUAGAGUGGAAAGAGCAUUUAAUUUAUUCAUUGGGACAAGAAAGUAUAAAAGAAAAUGCUACUCCAUACUCAAUUGGGCCAACUUUUAAGGGUUUAAUG